UUCCUUAUUUUGGACUAAAGAUUUCUUUGUUAGUUAGCUCAUGCAAUUGGACAGUGCAGUUUGUUGAGAAAGCUAGAAUUCUAAAAUCAGAUUCCCCGCCUCUGCUAUAUAAAACGCUCGCUAGAGAGGCUAAAAGACUUCCACACAAAGAGACAGAGGUGUAGUUCAAACUCAUGGCAGUGAUAGAAGAAAAAGGUCCUGCAAAUGGGAACGAAGAUUACACUCAAGAUGGCACAGUAGACCUAAAGGGUAGACCCGUUUUGAGAACAGAGACGGGAAAAUGGAAAGCUUGUUCCUUUAUAGUUGGGUACGAAGUGUUUGAGAGGAUGGCUUUCUACGGGAUACAAUCAAACCUAGUGAUAUAUCUAACAAGGAAGCUCCAUGAGGGCACUGUGAAAUCUGCGAACGACGUUAGCAACUGGGUGGGUUCAGUCUGGAUGAUGCCACUGGCAGGAGCUUACAUAGCAGAUGCUUAUCUUGGCAGAUAUAAAACUUUUAUAAUUGCGUCGUGCAUUUAUGUUGUGGGAAUGUGUCUGUUGACACUGGCAGUUUCACUACCAGCACUGAGGCCACCACGAUGUGAUGAAGGCGAGAAUUGCCCAGAGGCAUCGUCAUUGCAAUAUGGUGUUUUCUUCUUGGCCCUUUAUAUCAUUGCAAUAGGCACAGGAGGGACGAAGCCUAACAUUUCGACCAUGGGAGCAGACCAAUUUGACGAGUUUGAACCAAAAGAGAGAAGCUAUAAACUCUCCUUCUUCAAUUGGUGGUUUUUUAGCAUUUUCUUUGGCACCCUUUUCGCCAACACUUUCUUGGUUUUCAUACAAGAACGUGUGGGUUGGACCAUUGGAUAUGGCCUUCCCACCCUUGGCCUUGCUGUUUCAGUAUUGGUGUUUCUGGGAGGAACUCCAUUUUACAGACACAAACUGCCUUCAGGUAGCCCAAUAACAAGGAUGCUUCAGGUCUAUGUUGCUGCUGUGAAAAAGUGGAAGCUACGUGUCCCAGAUGAUCCAAAAGAGCUACAUGAACUGAGCAUUGAACAGUAUGCAUGUAGUGGGAGAAACAGAAUUGAUCGGAGCUCUUCGUUGAGGUUAAAAAACCCAUCUUUUUAUCCUUUCAAAAUUCACUGUAUUUUUCCAUGUCACUUGAAUCAUUCACAAUUCUCCCCGUUCUCUGCUUUCAGUUUUCUUGACAAGGCCUCUAUAAAGAAUGGUCAAACGUCAUCAUGGAGACUUUGUACUGUGACACAAGUAGAGGAAACCAAGCAAAUGACAAAACUGAUUCCUGUUUUGCUGACAACGAUUAUCCCAAGCACCUUGAUAGUUCAAGCGACCACUCUCUUUGUCAAACAAGGCACCACUCUAGACAGGAGAAUGGGACCCCAUUUUCAUAUUCCCCCGGCAUGCUUAAAUGCAUUUGUAACUAUCGCCAUGCUGAUAACCGUUGUUCUAUAUGACCGUAUUUUUGUUCCUGCGAUUCGGCGCUACACAAAGAACCCAAGGGGGAUCACAAUGCUGCAGAGACUUGGCAUUGGGCUUGUGCUACAUUGCAUGAUAAUGGUGAUUGCAUGCUUUGUUGAAAGAAAGAGACUGAGGGUGGCAAGAGAAAACCACCUCUUUCACGCGAAAGAUACGAUUCCUCUCACUAUUUUCAUUCUACUCCCUCAGUAUGCUUUGGGAGGGGUUGCUGAUAACUUCGUGGAAGUAGCCAAAAUGGAGUUAUUCUAUGAUCAAGCACCAGAUGGCAUGAAAAGUCUCGCAACAUCAUAUUUCACAACCACCAUAGGUCUUGGAAGCUUUCUCAGCAGUUUUCUUCUGUCAACUGUUGCUGAUAUCACAAAGAGAAAUGGCCACAGGGGUUGGAUUUUGGACAAUCUAAAUAUCUCCCGUUUAGAUUACUAUUAUGCAUUCAUGGCCGUACUCAGCUUCCUCAACUUGCUCUGCUUUUUGGUUGUUGCCAAGUUCUUUGUCUAUAAUGUCGAUGUAACACAAACCAAACCGGGCUUCGAGAUGAACUCUGCAUCGUCGCAGCCACAGAACAAUACUGGAGUAAACCAAAGCACCCCACAAACAGAUGGCAAAUUCUAGGGACAACACCAACCUUUUAGGCAUAUAUAGGGUGCUUUAGAAUCAUUCAGAUCUAUCUUCCCAUGGCUCAUUCUUCACUUAGCU